AUGGAGCCCGUGACCAAGUGGAGCCCAAAGCAAGUAGUGGAGUGGACGAAGGGAUUAGAUGAUUGUCUUCAGCAGUAUAUCCAAAAAUUUGAACAAGAGAAGAUAAAUGGGGCUCAGCUGCUGCAGAUUUCACACCAGGAUCUUGAAGAAUUGGGUAUCACCCGGAUUGGACAUCAGGAGCUUGUGUUGGAGGCUGUGGAUCUCCUCUGUGCAUUGAAUUAUGGCCUCGAAUCGGACAACAUGAAGAGCCUAGUUCUUAAGUUACGAGCAUCUUCCCACAAUCUGCAAAACUAUAUCAGCAGUCGGAGGAAAAGUUCAAAUUAUGAUGGAAAUACCUUGCGCAAGCCCCCUAAUGAAUUCCUUACCUCAGUGGUGGAGCUUAUUGGUGCUGCGAAGGCCUUGUUGACAUGGCUGGACAGGACUCCAUUUACUGGGAUAGCCGAUUUUUCUACAACAAAGAACAAAAUCAUUCAACUCUGCUUGGAUCUCACCACCACUGUCCAGAAGGAUUGUCAUGUAGCUGAAAUGGAAGAUAAAGUUCUUAGUGUAUCCAAAAUUUUAAAUGGAAUUUGUGAUAAAACAGUUCGGUCAACCACUGAUCCACUGAUGAGCCAGGGUGCUUGCCUUGAGGAGGUUCAUCUAACCAAUAUCAAACCUGGUGAAGGCCUGGGAAUGUACAUAAAGUCUACGUAUGAUGGAUUACAUGUUGUCACUGGAACAACAGAAAAUUCUCCGGCUGAUAGGUCUCAAAAAAUUCACGCUGGUGACGAAGUGAUUCAGGUGAAUCGCCAGACUGUGGUGGGAUGGCAACUGAAAAACCUUGUGAGGAAACUGCGGGAGAACCCUUCUGGAGUCACUUUACUAGUAAAGAAACGUCAUACAGGCUCUUUUAAUUUUACUCCUGCUCCCCUGAAAAACCUAAGAUGGAAACCACCACUUGUACAGACCAGCCCUCCCCCAACUACAACUCAGUCACCUGAAAGCACCAUGGACGCUUCCUUGAAGAAGGAGAAGCCAGCCAUUUUGGACCUUUACAUACCUCCACCACCAGCUGUUCCAUAUGCUCCUCGGGAUGAGAAGGGGAGCUUUGUUUAUGGAGGAGGCAAUAAACCAAAGUUGCCCUUACCUGGUUCCAAAGGCACAGAAUCUCCCAAUUCUUUCCUGGAUCAAGAAUGCAGGAGGCGAAGGUUUACCCUUACCGAUUCGGAUCCUUUGACUCAUCCCAUAGAAGCAAAUAUGCUUCCUGCUAAGAUGCGAGAAAAAACUCCAUCUUAUGGAAAGCCUCGCCCGCUGUCUAUGCCUGCAGAUGGAAACUGGCUGGGAGGUGUAGAACCUUUCUGUAAGCCCCGAGCAAUGGGGAGAAAAGGUGAAAACGUCCUGUGUCGGUACUUCAGCAACGAAAGGAUCCCUCCCAUUAUUGAGGAAAGUGCCCCCUCACAGCAUCGUUUCUCCAGGCCUGCGGUUGAAAGGCAGCUAGUGAGGGGUGCCGACUACAUCAGGGGAAGCAGGUACUUUGUCAACGCCGAUCUUCAUAACAGCGCAACAAUCCCUUUUCAGGAGGAAGGGGCCAAAAAGCCACCUGGGACCACCUCCACAAAAUCUUCCUCCACAGAACCUUCACUGCUGGUCAGCUGGCUCCAAAGGCUGAAGCUGUUAACUCACUAAAUCACCGGUUGGAUUAUAAUUUUUAGGAUAUGCUAUCAAGUGCCUUUUCCUCCAGUCCCCACUCGGUCACCCAGCAAAAUUAU